GUGUCGCCACUGUUUCCUAGUUUAGUUCAGGCCAGGGUUCAGGACAGUUAGGGCUCACUUCCGCUGGGUUGUAAACGGCUGUCAUAAAAAAACAAACUUAGCUUUAUUUUACUUCUCGUUCAACACCGACAGCCGCCGCCAUGUCCAACAACAACGCCAACAGCAACUUAAUCAUCGCGCAGAGGGCCGUGAAGCAACUCCGGUUUGAGGCCAGUAUCCGGAGGAUCAAGGUGUCCCAGGCCUCCUCCGAGCUGAAAAACUUCUGCCUGCAGAACGCCGCCAAGGACCCGCUCCUCAUGGGGGUCCCCUCCAGCGAUAAUCCCUUCAGACCCCCCAAGUCCUGCUCGCUGUUCUGAGCAGCCGAAGAAACACGAAGGAUUCCUGGACCUGUCCGUCAAAGCUUCACUUCUCGUCUCUUGGACUUAAUGGUCGACUUCUCUGCAGCUCCUCGUGGGGAAAGGAGGAGGGGGGAAAAAAUGGGCUAAAUGCUGAAGGUUUUUUUUUUUUUUUUUCAGGGGGGAGGGGGCUGAUGUCGAUCUACUUGUUUGCCAAACCUAAUGGUAUCAUAUCUCCCAUCUGUUACAUGAAAGCAUGGCCAAACUCUUCUUGUUUAACAAACGAGCAGAAGAUGUUCCUGACACUAACUCCACUAAUGAUUAAUCUGGCUCCGCCUGAGCGCCCAACGCGUUCGGCGUCUACUCGCAGGCUGUUACCGUGGUUUGUUUUUCAGCCGGUUACGAAGCGCUGGUGGAGGGAUAAUCAAACGGAAAUUUUAUAUUUCUCUCUGUAAAACCUUUUUUAUUUUCUUUAAUUAUAUUCAGCUACGUUGUUGGCCAAUAAACUAAAUCGGUGCCUUUUUUAACGAGUCACGCAUUUAGGAGAAGGAUAAAAAAAAAUGGUAUUGUGUACCUGAGGUACUACUACAUGACACACACUUUAACUUUGGGGGGGCAAGUGAUGCUUUAAUAUUCUCUGAUUUAUAUUGUUUCUUUCACAAACCUACUAUCUAGAUCUAUAUUCUAUAGUCUUUUUUUUUUUUUGAGCCUUUUUAUUUAAAAUAAAAACACACAAAGGCCUUACACUAUUUGGAUUGUUUGUAACAACUUUAAUUUAUAUCACACUGCACGAAUGCUCGUCUGUAUGGAAAUCCUUGGGUUAUGUUUGUAUUUAAUGAGUCGUUCAUGUUUUCCACGCUGGAAGCGAACAUCAAUCAGCCAAAAAUCUUUUCUGCUGUUGUUUUUUUUUUUUUUUUUUUUUACUUUUUCCAGAUACGGAUGAAAUGCUGCAUGGAACCAUUUUAUACCGGUAUCUUUAAAUAAUUGUUGAAAGCGUGUCCUAUUCGGGACAGCUUUUUCACAGACAGGACUUAAGUAUUUCUUUGAAAGUUGUCACAUAUAAUUUGGUGCUUUUCCAAUCAAAAUAUGUGUUUUGAAGUGACACUAAAUUGGAUGUAGAUUAAAAGAUUAUUGGUUCAUUGUGGACAGGAGUGGCUCUUCUGUUGUGACAGUGAGCUGGUGGAAUUAAUCCACAUCCCAUAAAUCUGCCCAAGCCACCAGAAUCGCUGUUACCUGUCAGCUUGAUGAUUUGUGAUGAAUGCAAUAUGUUUGUAUGGAAAGGAAAAAAAAUAAAAUAUAUACUUGUAA